GCCCUGUGCGGUGCGGGGAGACUUGCGUAAAAGCGUUCGCUGUGCGUUCUGCGUUGGUUGUGUUUAUUUGGGCACUCACGGCCACUCGGUGUGACGAAAGACAGGGUUCACGCGUCGAGCUUGCAUCAUCCAGGCCGCAGCGUGGGCCUUCAAGCGGGAAAGAGCGCCUCGCUUACGCACCCUGCAGCAAGAACGACCGACCAGCACACCAACCUCCUCCACUCUAUCCAAACCUGUCUCACUACACCACUAUCGACCUCGUCGCGAUCUGCCGACCCACUGUGCAAUGGCUGCUCCGAACCGCAGCUUUGCGGGGCGGAUAGCCUCCAUCAACUCGAUGGUUUCCGGAAUUGAGAACUGGGACGACGCCGACUUCGAGGACGGCGACGGCCUCUUGUUCAAGAACUCGACGGUGCAUUCGCUGUCCUCGCGCCUUAGCGUGCGCUCCGAGUCCAACACGGGCGACGACGAUUGGCAGGUGCUCCUGACACCCGAUGACGACCUGUCAACAAACAAAGCAAUCUUCUCCGCGAAGCAGGCCGGCAUUCCAAUCCCCACGAGCGUGCCCGCGUCAGCACUGCUAGGCGGAAGCAUCAAGCGGCUGGGGAAGCCGAAGAACAACAAGAAAAUCGAGCUCGACGAUGACUGGGGCAACGACCUGGAGCUUCCGGACACUGCUACGGGCGAACAGUUGAAGUUGAAGACGCCCGUGCCACGUACGCCCGCCGAUGACCAGGACGACUUCGAUGACUGGGGCGAGGGCAGCCUGGGUAUCCGCUUUGCUGGGACGAAGAGAGACCCUCGCGGUGGACGCAGCUCGUCAGCCUCUGCUAUGAGCCCGAGCCUGGGAAGCUGCAUGACCCUGGAGAGUGAAGAUGAUGACCUGACCGGGCUCGUAUUGCCCACGGAGCCCAUGGACUUCAAUGCCCGCCUUAACAAACUGAAGACAGCCGAGCAGCCUCCUCUGGCGCCCUCUCCGUUUCCUAACCAGCAGCAACGUGAGCUGCGCCCCACAUCAGUACCAGCCGUGGUCCCUGCUGAGGGCGUGCCCCUGCCUGCCGAGGAGCCCGUCCACCAGGAACCCGCCGAAGAUGAUUUUGAAGCAGACUUCGACUUGCCCGCCACGUUCCCUCCACUGGCGCUGAAUCAAUCCCUGCCACAAUCACCUGCAGUCACCCCCAUCACGUCUCCGCCGCUCGAGAGUGAGGCUGCAUCGUCGCCCCAGCCCCAGCCGAAACCGGCAGACGAAGAAGAAGACUUCAUGGAAGGCCUCGACUUCGGUGCAGGGGAGGUCCUUGACACAAGGAAGCUCACGCUAAACCGUAACAUUGUAGUGAAGAAAACAGCUUCCAAGCCGGCAACUCCUCCUGCUGCUCGACCUACGGCCUCCAUCACCUUCACUGACAAGCCGUCGUCGGGCUCCAGAAUACCUCGACCACUAACCACAACCACUGCUCGUACUAGGCUCACUCCCGUCUACGAGUCCGGCGCCUCAAUGCAUGGCAACACUCGUCCCAUGCCCACUACUACUAGUGCGCAAUACCUGAAGGCAAAGCGUUCUGCGCCGCUGCUCCGUAACUCGAACUUCCAGACAACCCCACGUUCGAGUGUCCCCUUCCUGCCCGCCGGCGGCUCGAAUGCUCAAUCACACCAUGUCACAACCAGAAGCUCACAGAGCCACCUUCGACGCGACUCUGACCCUCGCCGACCGCUGUCGCCCUCAAUGCGCUCUCACUCACGCAUGUCGCUCUCGGGCCAGAUCGAAACUCAGACUCCCAGUCGUGCCGGAGUACGAAGAGACUUGGCUCCAUCUGCUCUUGGCCGUCAUCCACCGCCACCGAAGAAGUUGACGAAGCCUCAACGAAAGCGAAACUUCGGCGAUGGUCACGAGCUCGACCUCUUCGAUGAUCUGCCAACGUCUGCCACCAAGGAAAAGCAAUAUGAGAAGACUCCUCGCAACACCGCCAGUACCAAGACGCUUCGAUCACAACCCAGUACUUCUCGUCUGCCUAUGCCAGAUCGAAUGACCACGCCGCUGCCUCAGACACCCAAGAGCCCGCCAAAGGCGGACCACACGCCACGAUUUGCUCGAGACACUGCUGCUAGUAGGAAUGCCCGUGAACAGCGUCUGGCAGGAACGAGGUCGCGAGGCGAAGGUCCCAUCGCGCCUACACCUCGACCCAUGAGCUGGCAAGCACAGAUUGCUGCCCGAAGCCCACAUACAAGUCCGACUGCUCUUCGCAAGAAAGGUACAGGCCAGAAGCCACAACUGAUCAGGCAGAUGACACAGCCAUACACACAAACGGAGAAGGGAAUGAUAUACAACCCCUCCAUGCAGCGCUGGGAAGGCAACGAAGAUGUUCUUGUGUCUUUCUCUCAGCCCAACAACUCCACCACGACCCUCGCAUUGACCACAGCAAGCACACCGACUUUUGCGCCACCAGGCAUGUCGCACGGCCGCACACACGACCGUUCGCAGUCCAUGUCACAUACACUACUGUCGUCGAUCCACUCAAAGAACCUCUCGUCGCCACGUCUAAUGAAGUUGCCAUCCAAUCCGGCGCCAGCACCAUCACCACCCCGUCCAGCAUUGAUUUCGCAAAUAUCAGCUCCUCGAGGCGUACAAUACGAAGGCCGCAUGGUAUUUGAUCCUGUGAAGAUGACCUGGCUCAAGGCCCCACGACACUCGACCGGUCCUCAAUCACCCAUGUCGGUCGGAGAUCCGGACGAAGAAGAGGACCCGUUCGCUGGCCUUGACGACUUGAAGGACAACGAGAGUGUUGUCGGUGGCAACAACUUUGCUGGUGGCGCAGGCGGCGCUCCUAACGCCGACGAUCCAACAUUUGUUGGUGAAGAGUUUGACGUCGGCCCCAGCUUCAUUCGCAGACAGCGCGAAGAGGAGGCUGUCUGGAGACGCAGAGUUGAAGGCUGGGUCGGCGGCAUCCGCGACUCAGGCGAGCAGCACGGCGGAUGGAGAUGGGCGAUCCGUGAGUUCGCCGCGAGCGCCUCUGCCGGUGCUCUCGAAAACUAAACGCUUCUGUAUAUGCGUUUCACCAUACUUACGACUUUAUGACUGCAUUGCACAUUUGGAUAUUGGGCAUAUACCCACAGGCAAAAGGCGUCUGGACUGUGUCCUGCUAGAUAUCCCUGAGUGUUACGAUGGGUGCCUGGAUGCGCGCCUCACUCUUUACGACCUAUUUAUGACUUAUGACCUUUUUUUUUGCAUGGAAGACCUGGGCUAUCUAGCUCCAGAUAGAGGAUUGCAGCUUUUGGGCUUGACAUAUUCACGGCGACGUCGGCGUUCUGUUUUAGCCUUCUUGCAACGUACUGCUAAUAAUACAUAGGGAUCUUGG